UGGCGGCGGCGGCGGCUGCGAGCGCCGGCUUUUUUCCAGACUCCAAACUCCAGUUCCAACAGUAAGGGCUUUUUCCACAUCACAGUCCUCGCAUCAGGUGGCAGGUCCUGUAUGGAACCUGGGCCGACUCAAUCAUAUAGCCAUAGCAGUGCCCGAUUUGGAAAAGGCCAUGGCAUUUUAUAAGAAUAUUCUGGGGGCCCAGGUAAGUGAGGCGGUCCCUCUUCCAGAACAUGGAGUAUCUGUUGUUUUCGUCAACCUGGGAAAUACCAAGAUAGAAUUGCUUCAUCCAUUGGGAAAUGACAGUCCAGUUGCAGGUUUUCUGCAGAAAAACAAGGCUGGAGGAAUGCAUCACAUCUGUGUUGAGGUGGAUAAUAUAAAUGCAGCUGUGAUGGAUUUGAAAAAAAAGAAGAUCCGGAGUCUAAGUGAGGAGGCCAAAGUAGGAGCACAUGGAAAACCAGUGAUUUUUCUUCAUCCUAAAGACUGUGGUGGAGUCCUUAUAGAACUAGAGCAAGCUUGAUUUAUAUUUGCAAGGAACUAAUUUAGUUGGCUUGGAAAAGCCUUAUCAAAUACUGUCAAAAGGUACUAUGACAUUGAGUUCUUCAGUGCUUCCAUCACGUAAAAGUUCAAAGUUAAAAACUAAUUACAGAUUAAAAUAUAUGAGUAGAUACAUAUACAUAUACUCAUAUAUACAUACAUACAUAAAUACACACAUAUAUAUUUGUUUUUUGGAUUAACAAAUAUAUAUAUUUUUUGUUGUUAAUUUGGAUUGGGAGAAAACCUUUAUUACUAAAUACUUAGGGAACAUUAUUAAAAUUAUAGUCAUAGAAAUAAAUUAUUCCAUAUCUAAAAUGG